AUGCGACGGUGGAAAAAUCUGAUUCCUGUGAAGACCAAGAUUGAACUCGCGCAAUCGCUGCUCCUACCUAUUAUAGAUCAAGCUGAUGUCUGUGUUAUUGACCUCAAUGAUGAUCUAUUAGGCAAGCUCCAACGUCUGCAGAAUCUUUGCAUCAGAUUCAUAUACGGGUUGCGCAAGUUCGAUCAUGUGUCUGAGUAUAGGAGAAGGCUUCAGUGGCUUUCUAUGAAGCAGCGCCGUGAGGAGCACGUUCUCAGUUUCCUUUAUAAUGUACUGUAUGACCCUCGAAGCCCACCUUACCUUAAGGAACGUUUUCGUUUUCUCGGUGAAGAUCACAAUCGCGAACUAAGGUCCAAGGCGGAUAACUUGCUGAAACCUCCCUUCACCCGGGGCGCGCAGAAACACCGCGCGCGCCACCUCAAAGCCUAUACAUUACGUGCAGCGGACGCUCCUGCGUCCACCGCCAAAACCCCAGUUAUAGGGGUUGAAGGAGGGCAUGGUAGUGCCUCCUCAGACGCCUGGCUCUCCUGCGGCGGAUUGGAAGGAGAGUCGUAG